AUGGAUAUGGGCGCAGGCUCUGCUUCUUGGUGCUUCCGCCGACGCAGCAGCAGCAGGCGGCAUUGCAGCAGCAAAUGGCGCAGCAACGGCUGGCACGGCGACAGCUUUCGUGGCACCUGCUGGCGCGGCAACAGCUGGCACAGCAACAGCAGCUGGCGCGGCAACAGCUGGCGCAGCUGGCACAGCAACAGCUGGUAUAGCAACAGCUGGCACGGCAACAGCUGGCACAGCAACAGCAGCUGGCGCGGCAACAGCUGGCGCAGCUGGCACAGCAACAGCUGGCGCAGCAACGGCUGGCAUGGCAACAGCUGCCGGAGCAACAGCUGGCACAGCAACAGCUGGCCAGCAGCUGGCACAGCAACAGCUGGUAUAGCAACAGCUGGCACGGCAACAGCUGCCGGGGCAACAGUUGGGCUCUCUUUCGCUCUCGCAGCUGUGGUGAUAGGUGGCACUUGUGCUGUUUGGCAUGGUCACAAGAAGGUUGUACACCGACUCCCGAUUUGUGUUUACAAUGACACGGAAUCGAAGAUCAAGGCAUACCUGACCAACGACAACAUUAGCCUGCACUUCAACAACAUUAGCUGGGACUUUACCUCCGAACAUGACUUGCUGCUCAACGCCCGGGAGAUCCGCUGCAUCCUGGAAGGUCACGCACCUUUGAUGCUGGAGGCCACUGGCAAGUGUGUGUCGCAGCCCGGGGAGACGAAGCUUCUGGAGUUCUUCGCCCAAGUGCGCACGAAGACGCAGAACAGCUUCAUUAUCCGCAACCCUACGGACAGCGACUGGAAGCUCUAUCCGCAGGUGGCCACCCAAGAGCCAGCGGGCGCCAGCUACUUCAGCUGCGAGAAGGAGAUCGCGGUGCCAGCGAAGAAGGAAGCAACCAUCCAGGUGUUCUACAUGCCAUUGACCAUGACGGCCGACGCAACUGGCAGCCCCAGCAAGUCGGCGCGCGUGGAAAAGCACAAGGGCACCGUCUUCGUUGGGACGCCGGACGGCAGCGCGGUGUGCUACGAGCUGGAGGGCGAGGCCAGCCCACCCGAGGUGGGCUCCAGGAUGGAGGCGAAGGUGCCCUGCAAGAAGAAGCACACGCAGGCAGUGCCUGUCAAGAACUGGCUCCACGAGAGCUUCGCCGGAGUUGUCCGGCGCGACCGCGAUCCCAUCUUUGCCGCGGCUCAAGGCGCGGCAAAGUGUCCGGCCCAGGCCAUCGUCAUUCUGGACGCGGGGGCAAGGUGCAAGGUGGGCUUUGGCACGAACCCCAUCUCCGAGCUGAUCGAGUUCCCUGCUGUGGUGGGGCGCCUGAGAGUUCAGCCUGUUUGCAUGAUCACCAGUUGCGUCGACCGGGACGUGUGGGUGGGCGAGGAGGCUGAGGAGUACAGAGCGAUCCUGACGUUGAAGCAGCCCGUAGCCAACGGCAUCGUGAGCGACAACCGUGAGAUGGAGUGGAUUUGGAGGCAUUGCUACAAACGGCUGGGGGUUGAAGCGGAAAACCAUCCGCUGCUUCUGAUGGAAUCGGCCUGGCUGCCAAAGGAUCUGAGAUACUGGGUAUUGCACAAGCUGAUGCAAGAUCUCGAGAUCCCUUGGCUGGGGCUGAUGAAUCAUGCGACGCUUUCCUUGUAUGCAUCCGGACGAACCACGGGUGUAGUCGUUGACUGCGGUGAGACCGGGUGUCGAGCUAUCCCUGUCCACGAUGGCUUCGUCAUCUCUCAUGCGGUCAACCGGUCCGGGUUCACUGGUCGGGACCUGACCGAGCGGCUUCGGAGGUGCUUGGCAGAGACAGACAGGCGUUUCCUGAAAGCCCAGGGAAGGACAGAUGCGGAGCGCUACAAAGAGGAGCACUGCUUUGUGGCCCUUGACUACGAGAAGGAGAGGGAAAAUGCCAGGACGGCGCUCGACAAGGACCACAGUACUGGAGCCUAG